GCCCCGGGGGUUGCUGCAGCGGCCCAGGAUGGCCCAGGGGACAGUGAUCCGUGUGGCCCCCGAGCAGCCCACCCGUGCCGUGUGUGUGCUGGGCACCACCGCUCAGCUCGAUGUCUGCAGGUCUCUUCAACAACAAAUCACUUGGAAUGAUGGCAGGGCGCAUGGAAUGUCUGUUAGUGACUCUAAACCUCAGUUUACCCAUCUGUAAAAUGGGUAAAUGAGCACCUGCCUGUUGGGUUGUGGCAAGGACUAAUUCACACGAGGCACAUUGAGGGCCUGGCAGCGGGGACCCCGUUCCCCUCUGCCCCCGAGGACUGCACGUCCUUCAGCAUCCGUGCCCCCCCAGGAGUGGUAGUGGAUGUCACCAACAGCACUCCAGCCAAGAAGAAUCCCACAGGGUCCUCCAAAUGGCCCCUAGACCCUAAGCUGGAGGUGACCCUGAGGAUGAACGCUGUCAGCAGUAGCCUAGGUGACCAGAAGGUUCAAAUUUCAUACUGUGGACCUAAGAGCCCUGCAGUGCAGGCCAUGCUGUACCUCACAGGUGUGGAAAUCUCCCUGCUGGCAGAUGUCACCCGCUCUGGCAAAGUGAAGCCAACCAGAUCCAUGAAGGACCAGGCUUUGCAGAGCAGCUGGACCUGGGGCCCCUCCGGACAGGGCGCCAUCCUGCUGGUGAACUGUGACAGGGACAAUCCCAAGUCCUCCAGCAUGGACUAUGAGGACGAGGAGGUGUUUGACAGAAAAGACCUGCAGGACAUGUCGCUCAUGACCCUGAGCACGAAGACCCCCAAAGACUUCUUCACCAAGCACCGGCUGCUGCUGCACGUGGCCAGGUCGGAGAUGGACAGAGUGAGGGUCUUCCAGGCCAUGCGGGACGAGCUGCCCUGUAAAUACAAGGCGGUCCUGGGGCCCCAGCAGCCGUGCCACCCCCUGGCCCUCCCCGGCGGCCAGAGCAGCACAGACUUCUACGUGGAGGGGCUCGCUUUCCCGGACGCUGACUUUCCGGGGCUCAUUUCCCUCGGUGUCUCCCUGCUGGACACCUCCAACCGGGAGCUCCCCGAGGCCCUGGUUUUCCAGGACAGCGUGACCUUCCGCGUGGCCCCCUGGAUCAUGACCCCCAACACCCAGCCCCCCCUGCAGGUGUACGUGUGCAGUUUUUUUGGAAAUGAAGACUUCGUGAAGUCGGUGACUGCCCUGGCCAAGAAGGCCAAGUGCAGGGUGACCAUCUGCCCGCAGGAGGAGAAUCAGGACGACCAGUGGAUGCAAGACGAGAUGGAGAUCGGCUACGUCCAGGCGCCGCACAGGACGAUGCCCGUGGUGUUCGACUCCCCGAGGAACCGGGGCCUGAAGGACUUCCCCUCCAAAUGCGUCCUGGGCCCAAAUUUUGGCUACGUGACCCGAGGGCCAGUCACAGGGGCAGUCACCGGGCUGGAUUCUUUCGGGAACCUGGAAGUGAGCCCUCCAGUGACCGUCGGGCAGAAGGAGUACCCGCUGGGCAGGAUCCUCAUGGGGAGCAGCUGCUACCCCAGCAAGGGGAGCCGGGAGGUGCACCAGGCCCUGCAGGACUUCCUGGCCGCGCAGCGGGUGCAGGCGCCCGUGCGGCUCUACUCGGACUGGCUGUUCGUGGGCCACGUGGACGAGUUCCUGAGCUUCGUGCCAGCGCCGGACCAGAAGGGCUUCCGGCUGCUCCUGGCCAGCCCCAGGUGCUGCUAUCGGCUGUUCCAGGAGCAGCAGCGGCAGGGCCACGGGGAGGUGCUGCUGUGGGAAGGGCUCCAGAAGAAAAAGGAGCAGAAAAUAAAAGACAUUCUAUCAGACAAGGAAUUGAAAGAGCAGAACUCCUAUGCGCAGAGCUGCAUCGACUGGAACCGUGAGGUGCUGAAGCGGGAGCUGGGCCUGGCAGAGGCUGACAUCAUCGACAUCCCGCAACUCUUCAAGCUCUUGAGGGACGCCAGGGGCUGCUUCAAGGCCAAGGCCUUCUUCCCCAACAUGGUGAAUAUGCUGGUGCUGGGGAAGUACCUGGGCAUCCCCAAGCCCUUUGGACCGGUCAUCAACGGCCGCUGCUGCCUGGAAGAGAAGGUGUGCUCACUGCUGGAGCCGCUGGGCCUCCACUGCACCUUCAUUGAUGACUACCACAGUUACCACGUGUACCAUGGGGAGGUGCACUGCGGCACCAACGUGCACCGGAAGCCCUUUGCCUUCAAGUGGUGGCACAUGGUGCCCUGAGCCACCUGCCCUGGUGGCCUCUCCAGUACCCGAAGUUCCAGGAGGCUCGCUGCCUCCUACUUGGCCCCCCCCUCACCCGCUAUGCCCCCCAAACUGGUUCCAGCAUCAAAAACAGCCCUGCACUAAGAAGCCGCAAUAAAGAUGUUUUUUGUCACUUUCUA